GUUUUCGUGGGUAAUUUGUGGGUAAAUCUUAAUUUAGCCAUGAAUUACCUACGGCCUCAGUUUUCCGUAGGUGAUUUAAUUUAUUUUUAAAUUUAUUUUAUUUUAUGAUGUUUACAUACUCUAUGUUAUGUAACGUAUGUCUUCACUCUAUGUUUACAUACUUUAUGAUCUCUGGUGAUUUGUCUACGACACUUUUUUGGGUUGGAAAAUAUAUCACCUUUGUCAAAACUUUUGAAGGGUGCCUCACGAAAUUGUUGCUUCUGGCUCUCGAAAUUUCACAACUCCAUUCAGGUGGUCUGAAGAAUCAAAUUUUAUCAAUUGAAGAAGGCAUGUUGAUUGAGGUUGAACACUGGGACAAAAGGGCUGAAGAAAUUCUGCUAUGGAAAAUACAAUCGCGGGGAAUUUCAUAAUCUAUGUCGAAAGUUGAACGUAGAAGUUACAUUGGAAUUGGCCAGUCUCUGUUUUUCUUGAUGCAACUUGCAAGUUGAAACAAUAGGAUUUUUGUGGAAUCCAUGUAAGUUUCGAAUGUAGUAAAAUUCAUGUAAGUUUUGAUAACUAGUGAGAAUGGUUCCACAGUAUUUUCACUUUAUUGUUUGGUUGUUUAGAUAUUGCGGAUAAUUAUUUUCUAUGUAAUUUUCUUUAAAUGGGUAAAUAUUAUAAUGAAAUGUAUUAGAGUUUUGAAUGUAUAUAUUUUGUUAUGAUUACAAAAGAUUUAUGGGAAGAGUAUAUAUAUAUAUAUAUAUAUAUAUAUAUAUCACCCACGGCUACCCACGGACCUUAUUAGAGAUGGG